CCUGGGGACUCUGCCGCUCCUGAGCCGCCGCCUUCCUCUCCUUCUGCGGCGGCAACACCCUCACGGGGCUCCUCCGCAGCGCCCUCACCCCUCGCCGCCCCACCUCCGCUGCCACCGGGCCGGGCCGCAGCAGGGACCGGCCCAGCCUCCUCAGCGCCGCCAUCUUGCGGCGUCACCACCCCGGCGACGUGAGAGGCGGGGAGGGGGAUGCGUCGCGCGGGAGGGUGACGUCACGGCUGAGCCAUGGCGGCCCGGCGGGCGCUGCACUUCGUCUUCAAAGUGGGCGACCGCGGGAGCACCGCGCGCUUCUACCGCGAGCUGCUGGGCAUGAGGGUGCUGAGGCACGAGGAGUUCGAGGAGGGCUGCAAAGCCAGCUGCAACGGCCCUUAUGAUGGCAAAUGGAGCAAAACGAUGGUGGGCUACGGGCCAGAAGACAACCACUUUGUUGCAGAAUUGACUUACAAUUAUGGUAUUGGAGAAUAUUGUCUGGGCAAUGACUUUCUGGGCAUAACACUUGUGUCCAGCCGGGCCGUUAGCAAUGCUAAGAAGAUGGGGUGGCCUCUCAAAGAAGUCACUACUGGUGUUUUUGAAACUGAAGCCCCGGGAGGAUACAAGUUCUACUUGGAAGACAAGGAACAAGUCAAGCAAGAUCCUGUGCUAAAGGUAACCUUGGGUGUCUCCGAUCUGCAGAAGUCUGUUAACUACUGGUCUAAUUUGCUCGGGAUGAAAAUAUAUGAGGAGGAUGAGAAGAAACAAUGGGCAUUGCUAGGCUACGCAGAUGACCAGUGCAAGCUGGAGUUGAAGGCUGUUGGAGGAGCGGUGGAUCACGGGACAGCGUUUGGGCGCAUCGCCUUCUCCUGCGCAAAGGAUGAGUUGCCAAAGAUUGAAGCACUGAUGAAAAAGGAGAAUCAGAAGAUCUUAACGCCUCUGGUUAGCUUGGACACACCUGGCAAAGCCACAGUGCAAGUGAUUAUUUUGGCUGAUCCUGAUGGCCAUGAAAUCUGUUUCGUGGGAGAUGAAGCAUUCCGAGAUCUGUCCAAGGUGGACCCUAAUGGUGACAAAUUGUUAGAUGAUGCCAUGGCGGCGGACGACAGUGACAAAUGGUUUGCUGAGAAAAAAAGGAAGAAGGCUUCUGCUUAGCUGGGGAAAAGGGACUGGACUGUUCGUUCGUGCCUUGGUUUUUAUCCGAGCGAAACGCCAAUCAUGUAACGUGUUACAUUUUCCCUCCCAGCAAGAGGGUGCCGUAACGUCCCAUGCAGUCAGUUUCUUUGAUUUAAGCUUGUGUCUCUUCCUGCAACUCUCUGAUUUUCAAACUAAUGGCAUAUUCUCCGUCCAAAAAAAAAUUAAUAAUAUGUCUCAGCCUGCAAAAAGGAGCAGGCUGAGCACGUGGCUUCAAAACCAGGCCGUCAGUUAAGAGGAAAAACUCACAUUUCUCUGUUGUUAUACUUGAAGUUGCUGGGUUUAUUAGAGUAUCUAAUGAAGUGACUUCAGCCAUCCUGGAUUUGCAGCUUAGAGAAGAGAUUUUCAGGUGGCAGUGGCUGUGAGUCUCGCAGGCAAAGUGUCAGAGUUGAGCUGUUGUAGUGAAUGCCUCUUUACUGGGAACAGAAAAAUUGCCUUGCUAAAGCACGUGAAUAUCCUGCUCUGGAGCAAACCCUGUUUUCAUUCCAAGGUGUUUCCUCUGCUUUUGAGGCGAAAUGUUUGUUUGAGAAGCCUGUGGUGUGCUUCUCAGUGGGGGCACAUCAUUGAUGUGGUGGUUUCCACCCUGUACCAAGCUCCCGUGUACCUGUCUCCUUCCACAUUCCAGGUGGGAUCGGAGCUGUGCGUCAGGGCGUGUAGCAGCGCCGCGCUGUCCCUGAGGUGCCGGGAGGAGGCUUGAAAUAAGUGUAUUGUGGGUUUGCAGUUAGCUUUUGAUGAGAAAUUGCCUUUGUUAGUAACAGUUCAAGGGUUUAUUCUGUCGGAAGGGUUUAUUCUGCCUUCGUUAGUGGAAUAAGGGCUGGGAGUGCAGGGAGUCAUCGCCAGCGUUGUCCACGCCAGGCACGCUGCCCGCUGUGUAAUCGUUACUGAUGAAAACCUUAAAUAAGUCACGGAGAAAAGCAGGCAAAAUCAGCAGCGUUAGCAGUUGCCGGGGCACGCCAGCACUUGUUCUGAAUAUUCCGAGUUCAAACAGGAAAAGUUCCUCUCUGUGAUUUUUGUUGCUUGAGUUUCUUGAUUCCAGUUGGAUGAUGAUUUUCCGUCGCGUACUGAUCAAAUUAAAAAUGUCAUGUGUCAGUUACACCCCUAAAACCGGCGCUGCCGCUCGCUGGUGUCGCCCUUAAACCAAUAAAAGCGAUUCAGGUGGACA